UGUUGCGGCCGAUGUGACGUUGGUCCCCGAGGGUCUUCAACAACAUUAGCAAAUCACAAUCAUCACAGCACAGACAGCAGCUCUUUGCCACGGCACGGAUGCCUCUCAUCCAAGAAGUGGAGCCUCCACCGUUAAGACAAAUUGAGACAACAAGAAAUGUUGCUUUUCGUCGCUGAAGCGCCUUUACUAGUUUUUAAGCGAGUGACGUUACCUGUGUUACAUAUACACUGCUGAACUAGUAAGAAAAACGUAUAGUUAAUUCGACGAGUUUUUUUUCGGAUCAGAUGGUCGCUAACAUUAGCUGGCAUUGUUGCGGUCCAUAGAAGUAAAGCUAACGUUCGCUAGCUCCUGACUAGUUCAGUGAGCCCGGUUGACAGCUAGCCAGCUACGAGAAGGAGGAGGCUUGCCAAGUUAGAUUGCUGCCUGGCUGCCUGCCUUGUAUUACUACAGCCGUUACUGGCAUUCAUUCUUACUGUUGAAAUUCAUUCACGGAUGCCUUUCUUCAAUAUAAAACUACGGAAACAAAACGGAUCCAAUACAGCGACCGUCUUUGAAGAAGGGAACCGAUGGAUCUCUUCUAGUUCAUAGUGUUGGUUGUGGUUUUUACAGAAUAGCGGAGAGUACGCUAGCUAGCUCAUGUUAGCUGGUUGGCUAACCCUUUUAGCUUCUAGUCAAAGGAAGAGCGGCUAGGUCGCUAGCCUGGAGAAAAGCCUUCCUCGCUGAGGAGUGGAGGGACCAGUCAGAACAUCGACGUGGAACGGAGAAAUUACUGUGUGAUGGCAAACGAGACAAUCAUUCUCAACGUGUAUGAUAUGUAUUGGAUCAAUGAAUACACAGCCAAUCUGGGUAUCGGCGUCUUCCACUCAGGAAUCGAGGUCUACGGCAGAGAGUUUGCCUAUGGAGGUCACCCGUACCCGUUCUCAGGGAUCUUUGAGAUCACGCCCGGCGAUGCCACCGAAUUGGGGGAGACCUUCAAGUUCAAAGAGUCGAUCAUUAUGGGCAGUACCGACUUCACAGAGGAGGACGUGGAGCGGAUAGUGGAGGAACUGGGAAAGGAGUACAAGGGCAACGCCUACCACCUCAUGCACAAGAACUGCAACCACUUCUCCUCAGCGCUGUCUGAGAUCCUGUGUGGCCGUGAGAUCCCGCGCUGGGUGAACCGACUGGCCUACUUCAGCUCCUGCGUGCCCUUCCUCCAGAGCUGCCUGCCCAAGGAGUGGCUGACCCCGGCUGCCCUGCAGUCCAGUGUGAGCCAGGAGCUCCAGGGCGAGCUGGAAGAGGCCGAGGACGCCGCCGCCACAGCUUCCACUCCUACCUCCACCGCCGCCGUGGCACCUUUCCCCAGACCCAGCCGACACCAGCCGCGCCGGUAGGCCGAGCCCAGCCCAGCCCAACCCAGCACGUACCCGGAACCCCCAACCAUCCCUGCCUUUAGCCACUCCUACUCCCACAUCACGCCACACCCGCUCACCAGCCCCCCCUGCCCUGCUCGGCUUUGACGGACAGGGCCGUCUUCCAAUGGGAGCUGCCAGAGGGAAACACUCAGGCCAAUCGCCUGGCUCUAACCAGCUGGAACUGCUCAGAGAUGCCACAGUGCCCCCUGGUGGUAGAGAAACAGCAACAGUCUCAGUUUGUGAUGGAGCCAGGGACCAGGGGCUGGCUGCAGGGACUAUGGACCUGAGAUUUUAUGUUUGUUUUGUUUUGUUUUGUCUUUUGUUUUGCUUGUUCAACACUCCUUGUCGGAGAGACAAAUACAAGCUGAUGUCAAGUUUAUGUUUCUUUUUAAGGCCUUCUGUUCUACACGCUCAGGACUCAGUGGUAGUGUCACUGAAAAGAAAGACAGACUUCAAAACCUGUCCCGUUCUGAAUUUUUUUAACACAACACUUCUUUUGUUUUUCCUUUUACGUGUUAUGUAGGUUGCACCUGGGUUUUGCAAUUCUGACAUCUCUGGAAUGAGCUUUUUGUUUACAAAGUAUGUAUGUGUGUGUGUCUGUGUACGUGUGUGUGUCAGCUGACAUUAAGCCACCUGGGACAAACCCUGAACCACCUUUUUUGUGAAAAACAAAACUCUCACACACACAAGCAGUUGAUGUCUCCCCACUUUGGUGGUCGUGCCUCAAACUUUUUACCAUUGGCCCGUGCAGCUGGAGAGCUGCUUGUUUUUCUUUGUAUCUUUCUGUAUCUCUACUCUCCAGCUGACGGGCUCCUUGCUACCCUGCAAAGACGUCAGAUGUUUUACACUGCUAGCUUUCUAGUCUUAUAUCUCCGAGACAAUAUUUGUAUCUUGUUUUAAAAUUAUUAAAGAGAAGAUAUUGAAAUUAUA